CAGCCCUGCAACAGGCAGGGAUCAGCCAUGCGGGGGAUGCUCCCAAAAUGCAGGGUGCUGAGUGCCCCCCCACUGCCCUCUCUGAUUCCCCCCGGCCCGGGUGUGGGCGGCCCGGGCUGCAGCACCGCCCCGUGUCUGGUUGAGCCAGCAGGCGGGAGCGGGGCGCUCGGUGCCUCGGCUUUUUCUUCAUUUUUAUUAUUAUUACUCCUAUUAUUCUCGAUGCAUUUAUUCUCCCCCGACACCCUGAAGUUGGAUGUCUUCGCAGCCUGCCCGGGUGGAGAGGAGAAGGGAGAGGGAGGAGCGAGCCCCCCGCAUCCAUCCCGCGGAAAGUGAGCCGCCGUGCUGCUGCCGGGCAUCAUCACCCUCCUGCACAUCCCUGCUCAGGACGCCUUUUCCGAAGACUUAGCUUUUUUUUUUUUAUUUUUAAAUAAUAUUAUUAUUUAAAAAUAUUUUGAUUUUUUCCUCCAUCGGUUGCUCUGGAUGCUAGAUGCAGAAAGAUGGGUUAGCAGAAGGAAAAACAGUAGCUACUCAUUGGUAGGAGGGCUGCCCAUUUGCUCUGAGAGAAGAGACCAUGUGGAAGCACCUUUUUAAGACAGCUUCCAGUCUGACUCUCAAAAAAGAUCAUCUAACAUGAUCCUGGGUUUAAACAGAAGAUGAAUUUGAGGUGAUUGCUUGGUUUUUCUGCCCUGAAGUCCCAAGCAGAACUGACCACUGAAGAGUAGAAAAAUAUUCCUGUGCUACAAUACAAUAUUUCAUGCCUGAGUAACCAUCUAAGAGAUAUCUCAACUGAGAAAAAUUUGCAAGAAAUGAUUUGACCUGUAAUGGAGGGACACUUCUGUGAAACUGCCAGAGGACUUCAGCACAGGGCACCUGGUGUCUCUACUCUCAUUUACCUGUGGCAAAGUCCGAAAUGAACCACACUUGGACAUACAACCUGAGCUUUGAUGCUCCUGCAGAUCCUGUAGAGCCUAGGGCUGGACUCUCACGAAAUGGGCACACAAUAGUGGCUGUUUUUCUUGGAUUUAUCUUGUUUUUUGGUUUCUUGAAUAACUUGAUUGUCCUCAUCCUCUUCUGCAAGUUUAAAACCCUCCGUAACCCAGUCAACAUGCUCCUCCUGAAUAUCAGUAUCAGUGACAUGUUAGUGUGCAUCUCAGGCACUACCCUCAGUUUUGCAUCUAACAUCCAUGGCAAAUGGAUUGGAGGGGAGCAUGGUUGCAGGUGGUAUGGAUUUGUCAAUUCCUGCUUUGGCAUUGUGUCCCUGAUCUCUCUGGCUGUCCUGUCCUAUGAACGCUAUAGCACCCUCACCCUGUGUAACAAGCGCAGUGCUGACUACCGGAAGGCACUGCUAGCGGUUGGAGGUUCGUGGAUUUAUUCCUUGGUCUGGACUGUGCCACCUCUGAUUGGAUGGAGCAGUUACGGGAUAGAAGGUGCAGGUACCAGCUGUUCAGUUCGCUGGUCCUCUGAGUCAGCUGAGUCCACAUCCUAUAUCAUCUGUCUCUUCAUAUUCUGCUUGGUCAUCCCUGUAAUGGUCAUGAUGUACUGCUAUGGUCGCCUCCUUUAUGCCGUCAAACAGGUUGGAAAAAUCCACAAGAACACUGCCCGCAAAAGAGAAUACCACUGUACUGUUCAUGGUGAUCACUACAGUCAUCUGUUAUCUCGUGUGUUGGAUUCCCUAUGGAGUUAUAGCACUACUUGCAACAUUUGGGUAUGUCAGGACUUCUGUGACUACCUGUCCUGUGGAUGUGUCUUUGGGAAAAGGGCAUUCAGGGCUGAAAAAUAUCACUGGAGUCCUGAGAUGGAAAUGUCAACACAUUAUGUUGCUAAAUAGCAAGAACAGAUAUACAUCUGCUUACUGAAAUUGCUCAUGUUCUUCUGAGGACUUGCUGUGUGUUAAUUUGCAUGCUGUAGUGCUGCCAAAUGUAAUGGAAUCUAUUUACAAAAGAAGAAUAUUGGGGGAUGUAGAUGGAAGAAAAGAGGGACAAGAAGAGGAAAGGAUUUCAUGACAUUGAAAACAAUCUGAAGGAGAAGAUCUGUUGCAAACACUUAACCAUUUUUCUCGACAGAUCCACUUGAAAACAAAAGGUCAUUUCAAUUAAGUUUUUAUGCACUUCUACAUUUCUUUCUGUUAAAUUCCCACUUCAUCUAUAUGCCAAAAUAGGGAACAAUUUUAUUUUCUCUUGAGGGGCAAGGCCAAUUCUAACAUUUCUAAAAUGCCUAGAUCUAGCUGAGGUGCCUUAUUCCUGUAAAUGGCAUUUUCUGUACAGAAAAGUGAACUUCUUAAAAUUUCUGCAUUGACUACUCUGACUCUGAAGUUUGAUAAGGGCAGAUUUGGAAGUUUUAAAAGUGUUUUCCAGUAAAGUAUUUGGAAAAUACACGUAGGUUAUGAAAACACUUUAAACACUUUAUCUUUUUGAUUACAUUAGUGUGCUAAACAUUGAUAUGAAUUUCCUGUUCUCACUGUGUCCAUUGCUAUUGCAUAG